AUGUCAUCUUCACACGGCGGCCCUGGGAGCGAAUACCCCCAGGACUACGGGCAAGCCUAUCCUCAACCAGCCUAUCCCCAGGCGGAAUACACUCAACCUACAUACACCCAGCCGACCUAUGCUGAGAAUGCAAACCUCAACAACUACGACCAAGGCUACGCCGCCCGACAAGGCCUCGCCCCUUCUGCCCCAGCCAUGAGUAUACGCAACGAUAGAUGGGAGUUUGUCAAGUCGAAAUGGUCUGCGGCCUUCAUGGGCGUCACGACUUUGCAGGCUAUUAUUUGCCUUGUUUUUGAAGCCUACGUGUUUGCCAAGUUUCAAACCAGUCUGGGCAAGCAGAUCAAUGUUGACAAGGUUCAAUCUCAGUACAAGACCAUCCCGACCUUCUUGACUCUCUUCAUCUUUGGUUUCUUGUACGAACUGGUCAUCGUUUGGGACGCCCUUCGCAUGAAAAACACAAUUCAGAUCAUUGGUGUCUGCAUUGCCAACCUGGCUAUGCUGGUCUACACUGCCCUUCAGGUGGAUCAAAUUCAAAUGGCCAUCAACAUCUUGGCGAGUCACGGGGCUCUUGAUACCGAUGUCACCGCGAAGGAACUCUGGUCCGAACUGAAGGCGUUUCUCAUCGCGAUUCCCGCCGUCAUCGGUCUCGUGACCAUGUGUAUGGCCUUUAUUGCAUGGAAACUGUACCAAGAAUUUGCGUGGGAUAUUUUGAAGAACAUUGGAGCAGAUUAUCGCAUGAAGAAGCGAUUCCUUCACUAUCAGAUCUACAUCGCUCUGCUCAAGUUUGAUUUCUUCUUCUUCCUAGGUUUCAUCAUCCAGUUUGUCGUCGUCGUCGCGCAAAAGUCGGACCCCGAGUUUGCUCUCACCAUCGCAACCAUCCCGAUUACGAUUGUAAUUCUCCUUGCCGCAGCCUACUUCACCCGCAGAGAGAACAAGGCUGGCACAAUUUGUGUCAUGCUUCUUUUCUUGGGCGGCUUGUCCUAUUUUGUCUUCAAACUGGUUCGCAUCUACCAACCCGACCACAAAAACUCUUAUGAGGCCGUCCGCAAGUCCCUCACAGCCUUCGCCGUCAUUACCAUCUUGUUGAUCAUCCUUACCUUGAUCAACGCCAUCAUUUGCAUGCGCAACUUCAACCAGGGACUCAAGGCCCACCUGUUGUCCUCACGAAAGGUGGAUGAAAAGCCCGACGCAACAUCCAUCAGCCUCCAUGAUGUGAAACCACAGAUGCCAAGUCGCAUGACCAUUGACUGA